AUGCUACCUACCAAUGACACUGAAUUCCACCCUUCAUCCUUCCUACUACUGGGAAUCCCAGGAAUGGAAACUCUCCACAUCUGGAUUGGCUUUCCCUUUUGUGUGGUAUACCUGAUUGCAUUCUUAGGGAACUUGACCAUCCUGUUUGUGAUUCAGACAGAGAGCAGCCUGCACCAGCCCAUGUUCUACUUUCUGGCCAUGUUGGCCUCCAUUGACUUGGGUCUCUCCACAGCUGCCAUUCCUAAGAUGCUUGGUAUCUUCUGGUUCAACCUUAAGGAGAUAGUCUUUGAUGCCUGCAUCACCCAGAUGUUUUUUAUCCACAACUUCACUGGCAUGGAAUCAGCAAUCCUCUUGGCCAUGGCUUAUGACCGCUACGUAGCCAUCUGCAAUCCACUCCGAUAUAGCACCAUCCUCACCAACAAAGUUGUUUCUGUUAUUUGUCUUGGAGUCUUAGUGAGAUCAUUUUUGGCUGUUAUUCCUUUUGUGUUUCUCAUACUGAGACUGCCCUUCUGUGGGAAUCAUGUUAUCCCUCACACCUACUGUGAACACAUGGGGCUUGCUCGCCUGUCUUGUGCCAGUAUUAAGGCCAAUAUUAUUUACGGCUUAUGUGCCAUUAGUAAUCUAGUGUUUGACAUCAUAGCCAUUGCCAUUUCUUAUGUCCAGAUACUUCGUGCUGUUUUCCGUCUCCCCUCUCGUGAAGCCAGGGUCAAGUCUCUCAGCACAUGUGGUUCACAUGUUUUUGUAAUUCUUGCCUUCUAUACGCCAGCCCUCUUUUCUUUUAUGACACAUCGCUUUGGCCGGAAUGUUCCUCGGUAUAUCCAUAUCCUUCUGGCCAAUCUUUAUGUUAUAGUGCCACCAAUGCUCAACCCUGUUAUCUAUGGAGUCAGAACCAAACAGAUCUAUGAUUGUGUGAAGAAAAUAUUAACGCAAAAAUAG